AUGGGCACCAAGGCAUGCAUCAACCGACUACAGAAAGAGUACAAGGCCAUCCUCAAGGACCCGGCGCCGCAGAUCACUGCGCACCCAGCACCCAACAACCUCCUGGACUGGCACUAUCUGCUGGAGGGCCCAAAGGGGUCCGACUUUGAGGGCGGCUGCUACCACGGCAAGUCCGACCGGGGGGAGGGGGUGACCUUCCCGCCAGAGUAUCCUUUCAAGCCGCCCUCCAUAGUUAUGCUGACGCCCAACGGCCGCUUCGCCACCAACACCAAGCUUUGCCUCAGCAUGAGCAGCUUCCAUCCCGAGAGCUGGAACCCCUUGUGGAGCGUCAGCACCAUUCUGACUGGGCUGCUGAGCUUCAUGCUGGAGAGUCAGCACACCACGGGCGCCAUCAGCAGCACGCAGCCGGAGAAGCGGCGGUUUGCGCGGGAGUCUCUGGCCUACAACGUGCGCAACCCAACCUUCCGCAAGCUGUUCCCAGAGUGGGUGGAGCGGCACGACAAGCAGCAG